GUGCGCGCUGAAGCGGUCCGGUGUGUCGGUGUUCCACCGUUCCGUCCACAGCUGCAAUGAAGAAAGCGGGCGUUUCUCAGCCCGCAGCUGAGCCUCAGGCCCAGUAAAAGCCGCAGAUCUGAAAGAAGAACUGACUGCUGUGAAAGUUUGCCCGGGGCGCAGAUGGCAUCCAUCGGGGACUUCGACCCGCUUCACACCAGCGUCCCUGCCACCAAAAUAGAAGUGACCGUCUCGUGCAGAAACCUGCUGGAUGUGGACACAUUCUCCAAGUCUGAUCCAGUUGUUGUCUUAUACGUGCAAGGAAUUGGGACAAAGGAAUGGAGAGAGUUUGGCAGGACCGAAGUGAUUGAAAACACUCUGAACCCAGACUUUGUGAGGAAAUUUGUUUUGGAUUACUUCUUUGAGGAGAAGCAGAACCUCCGAUUUGAUGUAUAUAAUGUGGACUCCAGAAGUUCGAACAUUUCGAAGCAUUCUUUCCUGGGCCAGACUUUCUGCACUCUGGGAGAGAUCAUUGGCUCGUCUGGAGCUCGUCUGGAGAGAACACUGUCAGGUAUUCCAGGCAAGAAAUGCGGGAACAUCGUCUUUACAGCAGAGGAGCUCAGCAAUUGCAGGGAUAUUGCCACCAUGCAGCUCUGUGCCAACAAGCUGGAUAAGAAAGAUUUCUUUGGGAAAUCGGAUCCUUUCCUGGUGUUCUACCGCAGCAACGAGGACGGCACGUUCACCAUCUGCCAUAAAACAGAGGUGAUCAAAAACACUCUGAAUCCAGUGUGGCAGCCUUUCACCAUCCCUGUACGGGCUCUGUGUAACGGGGAUUAUGACAGAACAGUUAAAGUCGACGUCUACGACUGGGACCGAGAUGGAAGUCAUGAUUUUAUUGGUGAGUUUACCACCAGCUACAGAGAGCUGUCUCGAGGCCAGAGCCAGUUUAAUGUUUAUGAGGUCCUCAACCCCAAAAAGAAAGGCAGGAAAAAGAAAUAUAUAAACUCUGGCACAGUGACACUUUUGUCCUUCAAAGUGGAAUCGGAGUACACGUUUGUGGACUUCAUCAGGGGCGGGACUCAGCUGAACUUCACAGUCGCUAUAGACUUCACCACUUCCAACGGUAACCCCGCCCAGCCUACAUCUCUCCACUACAUGAGUCCGUAUCAGAUGAACGCCUACGCAAUGGCCUUAAAAGCAGUUGGUGAAAUCAUUCAGGAUUACGACAGUGACAAACUCUUCCCUGCUUAUGGGUUUGGAGCUAAACUUCCUCCUGAUGGAAACGUCUCGCAUGCUUUUCCUCUGAACUCGGACUGUGAGAAUGCUAACUGCGUGGGAAUCGAGGGAGUUCUGGAAGCCUAUUACGAAUGUCUGCGAACAGUGCAGCUCUACGGACCCACCAACUUUGCUCCUGUCAUCAGCCAGGUGGCAGAAUUAAUUUACAUCCAUAUAUCAUCAUCAUCAUCAUCAUCAUCAUCCUGUACACCUCAGUGGCGCUUAGGGCCGACACGAAAGACUUCCAUCUCUCCUGGUCCUCUGGCCGCGGCGGGUGUGACGGACGGCUCGCAGUACUUUGUGUUGCUCAUGAUCACAGAUGGAGUCAUCUCUGACAUGGUGCAGACUAAAGAGGCCGUGGUCAAUGCUUCUUCCCUGCCCAUGUCGAUCAUCAUUGUCGGGGUGGGGCCUGCUGAAUUUGAUGCGAUGGAGGAGUUGGAUGGUGACGAGGUGCGGGUGUCCUCCCGAGGCCGUAUUGCUGAACGGGAUAUUGUUCAGUUUGUGCCGUUCAGGGACUACAUCGACCGCUCGGGAAAUCAGGUGCUAAGCAUGGCUCGUCUGGCCAAGGAUGUACUGGCUGAGAUCCCUGAGCAGCUGCUGUCUUUCAUGAAGAGCCGUGGCAUCGAACCCAGACCUGCUCUGUCUCGCUCUCCUCCACCGCAUAUCCACGUACAUCUCUGAUCCCAGAUCAGGCUCCUGUUCACACUGCAGAUUAACUGGAUAUAAUACCUUUAUAUUGAUCCAUGACUAACUGAAAUAAUAACUGUAAUAAUAAUAAUAUAGUCUAGUUGUAUGUACUCAUCACUCUUUAAUGCUAAUGAUCACCUUGUUUAUCAUGGGUUUGCACUGACUCAGGUUUUACGUAAUGUCUUGUCGUUUAUGGAUGGACUGUAUGAUGUUUCUGUACGGCUCCCACAGUCUCUACGUGCUGUUGCCACGUGUCCGCGAUGGACGGUUUAACACAUGCACACGUGUAGGUACGUCUUUAACAUGUAGUGCAGCACCUAAUGGCUAUUUAACAGUUAUUCCAAAAAAUCAAGUCAUACCUGAGCUGAUAGGCGUCUAUAAUCCGUGUACGAUGAGAUUGAGAGGAAAAACUGUUUUAUUCUGUCCACAUUCACUGGAUUUUGAGAAACAGAGCAUUUUUAUUUUUAGCAAAUUCGAUCAAUAAAAACUUUAUACAAAACGUCUGACCGAAUCAUUUCCUCCGAGUGGAUUUCUUAAAAACCUGUCGAUGGCGGCACGAGUUGACUUUAGUGUUGUUUUUUUUGUAGAAAGUGCCGUCUUGCCGAGGAAUAGAACAGCUUUAGACAUUUAUUUAAUUCUUCCUCGGACAUUUCAGUUCUGUCAUUUUCAAACUUCUUUGAGCUUCUGAGCCAGUCUAAAAAUAAAUCAACAAAUUUUAAUGCUUAAAGAUGAAGAAUGUAAACAAACCGGCGAA